GCAACCACGUGAGGCUGUUGUUUCGGUGUGUAUCGGUCUCGGGACUAUUGUGGUAGUUCGCCGAGGUCCAGUGGGCUCCACGCAUAACGUUUUGUUUCGUUCGUCUGUAUAGGUUUAGCAGUCCAGGCUCAAAGACCAUAUCCUAACCGUUUGCCUCUGAUCUGCCGUACGAGCCAGUGUCUUAAUUUGGACCCACGUGCUCGCAUGAGGAAUUUUCAGGGAAAUGAUCCAGCUUGCCUUUCGUAUCCGAAGUCUGCAAAUAGUGAGAAAUGCCGAGAAGGCGUUGAGACAAAUGUUUUCCAAGCAAUAUCUCCUCGUCACGAACGUGGGGAUUUCGAUCUCCCUCUCGGCGCUGGGAGACGUCAUCGUGCAGCACAAGGACCUCCUCAUCCCCGAGGCUGGAACUUGGGACAAACUCAGGACUUCACACAUGGGUGUCAGUGGACUGACUGUAGGCAUCGUCACCCACUUCUAUUACCGGUACCUGGACCAGAGGUUCCCUGGACGAGCGCUGAACUGCAUCGCCAAGAAGCUCCUCAUGGACCAACUCAUCUUCUCACCCAUCUGCAUUUUUGUAUUCUUUGUGACCAUGGGACUUCUGGAGAGCUCCGAAGUUCAAGAACUGACCAAUGAAAUCCAACAAAAGGGGUGGAGGAUAUAUCUAGCCGAAUGGGCCAUCUGGCCGCCAGCACAAAUCAUAAACUUUGCCUUUCUCCCUCCACGGUUUCGUGUCCUUUAUGAUAACUCCGUGUCAUUACUAUUUGACAUUUACACUUCCUAUGUGAAAUUUGAAAUCCCCUUGAAAGAAAGGAGGAACUUUGACUGGGAUAAAAAAAUUACCACAAUGUGCCAAACCUAUAUCAAUGGUUUAGAUACAUUUGGAGUAGAUUGAAGUUUGAGUGGGAAUGAAAGUGGUAGUGUUUUUUAGAAUUUAUAGCAACCAAUCCUCAGGAAUAAUACUUUGGUGCCCCAUGUAGGUGAAGUGUUGAUCAUGUCGCAAAAGCGAGUCAGAGUGUACUGGCCCAAGAACCUCUUCUCAAAGAGACUGGAAGUGAAUUUGAGUGAACAUGUGCCUGCCCCUUUUUCCCAAUGUGCAUUGAACCACUUCGCCCUGGAGGGUGAAGGUCUGAUAGGCUGCAUCUUCCAAAAUGACCAAUUGCAUCUGUUCCCUAGUCCUGUUCAGGUCUCCCCUCCGCAUGUCCCCAUCUGCUCGAGAAUAUGCCAGAUUCACAACCGCACUGCUCCUCAAUUGUCAGAGACUGUCUUCAAAGGAAUAUCUGAUUCUUCUCUCAAGCCCAUCUUUACUUCCAUUAAGCACCCCCCAUUCUGCCCCAUUGAACAUAUGGGUCCUGAGUUACUUGCAUCCAUUCCUGAGGAACAUCUCUCCCGAGGAAUUGAUGUGGGGGUUUCAGUGAUUCUUGAAUCCUCAGAUUCAUAUGUACUGAUGACAAGAAGAGCUGCUCAUAUGAAGACAUUCCCAUCUGUCUGGGUACCCCCAGGGGGCCAUAUUGAGACGGGUGAAACCAUGGAAGAAGGUGUGCUCCGAGAACUGAGAGAAGAGACAGGGCUGGACUUUAAAAUGGACCAUUUUUCUGAAGAGUCAGUGUUGGGGCUGUGGGAGUCGACUUAUCCUCCCAUGCUGGCAUUGGGAGACCCAGUUCGCCAUCACAUUGUCGUCUAUUUCCAUUUCCACAGUACUCUUCCCCAUCAGGAGCUCCAGGAGCAACUUAAGUUGGAUCAUACAGAAGUGGAUGCAGCAGCCUGGCUCCCACUUUCGUUGGUGGAAGCCAUUGUGAAUGUAGACAUCAAUGGGAUUCCAGAAUCGAUUCCUGUGACUACAGUCAAUGAGUCAGGGCUACACAUUCAGGAUGAAGUUGCUGCACAGACAUGGUUUGAGGAGCGAGCUUCCCACCCGCAUCGACUCAGCACAGGCACUCGACAUGCCCUCGCUCUGUAUCUCCAAAACAGAUCUAUAUCUCCUCCUACAACACUUACAUACCUAAAUACAACACUUUCCCUGGCAUUGAUGUCGUUUGAUGCCCAGGAGACGCCAAUGUCUCCUCCAUUGAUGCCUCCAGAUGAGGAAAGAAGGAUGCAGGAAGUGGUGGAAGAGGUGCAGCUGGCCGACAGAGACCGUUUGGAGUCUGACUCACCUGUGAAGGAGGGAAUUUUGCAUGACCUUGCAUUUCGUGGAGAUGUCCAUGCACUUAAAUCUCUCCUUGAAUCACAAGAGGUCCAGCGUCUAGUGAAUCUACGACUCAGGCCUUUCAUUGCCUCUCCAUUGCGUCUUGCAGUCACUGCAAACCAGAUGGGAUGUGUGAAGGUGCUUCUAUGGCAUGGUGCUGAUGUUGACCUACCGGAUGUGAAGUUCCAGACCCCACUGAUGGUGGCGAUUCAUUCAGGGUUUGUGGACAUUGCCAAGGUUCUUCUGGAUGCCGGUGCAGACCCUGAGGGCCAUCCCUGCAACCUCACCACUCCUCUCAUGGUUGCUGUUGAAGCCAUCAACCCCUGUGCCAUUCGGCUGUUGAUGGAGCAUGGGGCAGAUUCAGAGAGCCUGAAGCACCUCUACCGCAAGGGCUACCCGACAUGGCCGCUCCAUUCCUCCAUCAAAGCGGGGUCCUUCGAAGCCACUUUGAUGUUGCUUUGCUGUGGCGCCCUCCCCGAUCUCUCCCACCUCCACACGGAGAGAAUCACACCCGAACUCCUUUGCCAGAAAAGUCUUCCCCAUUGUGUCAUUGACAAGAGCUUGGAGAAGGACUGGGUGUGGCGGCUAAGGGUCCUCAGAGAAUUCGGUGUGAAUAUGGGACAGGAGGACAAACAUGGAAAUGAUGUGUCAGAAUCCCUUCCUCCCUCCUCUCCUCACUACCAACCUAUCAGGGAUUUACUCUGUAAUCCCCUGUCGCUUCAGUCGCUGUGUCGCCUGAGGAUCCGUCGAGAGCUGGGUCGCUAUCGUAUCAAGGACAUCCAGACCUUGCCUGUCACAAAGAUCAUGAAGGACUUUUUGUUUUAUAAGGACUGUUGCCAAGUUUGAUCGAUACCUUGAGGCCUUUACUUUAUGGUGCUCCGCUCACUCUAGUCAAUUGCUGUUUUAUUGUGC